AUGAAGCAUACAAAAAGACCCUUCUGCCCCUUAUCUCUCUAUAUAAGAUAUCUUCCUACGUUCUUGGAUUCCUUACCCUCUUCUCUCUCUAUCUACUCUCUCUCUCUCUCUCUCUCUCUCUCUCUAAGCUUAGGCGUGUUUAUUGUGCAAGAACUGGCAAAUUCAGAGGAAAUUCUGGAGGAAUCCAACAAUCGAAGGGUGGUGCUCGCCCUGUAUGAAGCCUUAAGCGCUCGAGACGUCGAAACCGUCCACAAGCUCCUCGCCGCCGAUCUCGAGUGGUGGUUCCAUGGUCCACCGUCCCACCAGUAUAUGAUGCGACUGCUCACCGGCACUACCUCGCCGGAAAAAUCCUUCGAAUUCGAGCCCCUCUCCGUCGCCGAUUUCGGAUCAACCGUCCUCGUCGAGGGCUGCGAUCACAGCCGUUCAAUCUCUUGGGUCCACGCCUGGACUGUCGCUGAUGGGAUAAUUACCCAGGUCAGAGAGUACUUCAACACGUCCCUCACUGUGACCCGCUUCCGGAACACAAACCAAUCAUCACCGUCGGAUUAUCCAUCAUCAUCGAUCAACUCUCUUCACUGCCCGUCCGUUUGGGUGAGCAGGCUUCCGGGUCGGGCCGGAAAAUCCGUGCCGGGUGUUGUUCUGGCAAUAUAAGUAAUCUGUGUGAUCAGGUGCGGCCGGACGUAGUGUGACAUCGUAGUACAGAAUAAAGGGUAGUGAUUUAAAUAUGGGCUGAAUAUCUCUUGUUUCUUUGUCCUUUCCAUUUAUUGUGUGUUUUAUUUUAAGGGAGUGUUUGGUUGUAGUUUUUUUGUGCGUCUGUGUGUGGGGUGAUCAAUAUGGUGAAAGUGAAAGCCAAUUGGUUCUUUCCUGAUACGUGUGUUUUGUGCUGUGAUCUAAUAAAAAAGCUUAUUUUAUUU